AGAUUACUCAGUGUUCUUGAAACAAAACGAAUCGGAAUCGUUCACGGUACAACACUUGUUAGAAGGGAAAUACGUUUAGCGAACACUGGCAAAGGAAUCUUGAACGCAACUCGUCACCGGGUUUAGUUUAUGAUGGUGACUCUGGUGGAGGUGCUGAGUCUCCUGCUGGUGUCGGUGUUAUGGGGCUGCACCAAUCCUUUCCUCAAGAGAGCCUCGGAGGGAAUCGAACAUGUAUCCAAGUCCGGCAAAGUCGCUCAGCUUCUCGCUGAGCUCAAGUUUCUCUUCCUUAAUGUCAAGUACCUCGUCCCAUUUGUCCUGAACCAAAGUGGUUCUUUGGUUUACUAUUACACACUUUCCACUGCAGACUUGUCACUGGCUGUUCCCGUGUCCAACUCUCUCACCUUCCUGUGGACUAUCCUUACUGGCAAGUUGCUGGGUGAACACUUUGGAGGCAAACAGGCCCUUGCUGGAAUGUUCCUCACUAUGGUUGGGAUCACGUUAUGUAUUAUAAGCUCCGUAGAGGACGCCGGGACUCAGGCUCAGUCCUGAAUACGGUCCAGGGUUCAUGAACACAGUCAUGAGAGCAUUUGCUAUUUAUUACACUGUGAUGCCUUGACUUAUGAGUUUAAUUUGUUCCAUAACCAUGGUUUUAACUCAAAACGCUCAUAUAAUCCUUCCCCACUGAAAUAAAUAGAAAUGCUGUUAAAAAAAUAUUCCAUUCCCGCCCAUGAUCAAACCAAAAAAAAAAAAACCAAACUUUUUUUUAGUCAUGUUUUUAAUAAGAAAAAUAAAGCAUGGCUUUGAAAACGAACUUUUAACCUGAUAACAUUUAGUGUUGCAAUAACACUCCAUAAAGGUGCUAUCCAGGGGUAAGAUAAAAGAUAACAGGACAACUCGAGGCCGUGGUUGUGUGUCUGCGAGUGUCUGACAAAUGAUUGACGUUGACUUUGAUUGGUUGUUUUUCUUCAAGUGCAGUGGUUAAUUGUAUCUCAAAUUAGAGUCACAAAGUGCGGCCGGAGACGGCAGAUUUUUUUUUUCUUUCUCAGAUCAUAUUUGUCAUGUUAUAAUACUCUACAUAAGCACUCUGGUUUGAAUAUGGAAAUCUUUUUUUUUUUUUGGGGGGGGGGGUUGCAAAACUCGUAAGUCAAAUUACUUGUAAGUCAAUACACAACUGUAUAAAUAAGUAAAUAUAGAAUGAGAUAAACACCUAUAUGCACUGGAGC